AGUUGCGUGCGUAUCUAUUUCCAAGGAGAAGAUUGGGAGGGGCUGUAAGUGGGCUAGAGAACUCGGAACUGGAUAUGAAUCAGUUCUCGCAGGAUUUUGUAACCCUUGGAAGUUCCGUUACACACUGGAAUCAUGGUAACAUUCCGUGCUUGUGGAAUUUGAUGUGAUCGAGCUUACUGGAGAAGUGCGGAAGUGCCAAAAUGAUUCAAGUUCCAGAAAACAUUGAUUUCCCUGCUGAAGAAGAGAAAAUCUUGAAGUUCUGGUCUGAAUUUAAUUGUUUUCAAGAAUGCUUAAAGCAGUCAAAACAUAGGCCAAAGUUUACUUUCUAUGAUGGGCCUCCUUUUGCAACUGGACUGCCUCAUUAUGGACAUAUACUUGCAGGGACAAUUAAAGAUAUAGUUACAAGAUAUGCUCACCAGAGUGGAUUUCAUGUUGACAGAAGAUUUGGAUGGGAUUGUCAUGGCUUACCUGUGGAAUAUGAAAUUGAUAAGCUACUGGGGAUCAGAGGACCAGAGGAUGUAGCCAAAAUGGGGAUUAUGGAAUAUAACAAUCAGUGCCGAACCAUUGUGAUGAGAUAUUCUACCGAAUGGAAGUCUACUGUUACCAGACUUGGCCGAUGGAUUGACUUUGACAAUGACUAUAAAACUCUGUAUCCAGAAUUCAUGGAAUCUGUGUGGUGGGUCUUCAAACAACUCUAUGAUAAAGGUCUUGUUUAUAGAGGUGUGAAAGUGAUGCCCUUUUCUACUGCAUGCAACACUCCACUUUCCAACUUCGAAUCUCACCAGAAUUACAAGGAUGUUCAAGACCCUUCAAUAUUUGUAACCUUCCCUUUGGAGGAAGAUGAAAAUGUAUCUUUGGUUGCUUGGACAAGUACUCCCUGGACUCUCCCUAGCAACCUUGCCCUCUGUGUUAAUCCAGAUUCACAGUAUGUAAAGAUUAAAGAUGUUGUCAGAGGAAAAUCACUCAUUUUAAUGGAAGCCAGAUUAUCAGCCCUCUUUAGAUCGGAAAGUGACUAUGAGAUCCUGGAAAGGUUUCCAGGUACCUAUCUCAAAGGGAAGAAAUACAGGCCCCUGUUCAAUUAUUUUGUAAAGUGUAAAGAGAAUGGUGCUUUUACUGUGCUUGUUGACAGCUAUGUGAGGGAAGAAGAAGGCACUGGGGUUGUACAUCAAGCUCCUUACUUUGGCGCGGAUGACUAUCGAGUCUGUAUGGACUUCAACAUCAUUCAGAAAGAUUCUGUUCCUGUUUGCCCUGUGGAUGCCUCAGGCUGUUUCACAGCAGAAGUGACAGAUUUCAUGGGACAGUAUGUGAAGGAUGCUGACAAAAAUAUCAUCAGGACCCUGAAGGAACAAGGCCGACUUCUUCUUGCCAGCACCUUCACUCAUAGCUAUCCUUUCUGUUGGAGGUCGGACACUCCCCUCAUUUACAAAGCGGUGCCCAGCUGGUUUGUUCGGGUUGAACACAUGGUAGACCAGCUGCUGAAGAACAAUGAUUUAUGUUACUGGGUCCCAGAGUUUGUGCGAGAAAAGCGAUUUGGGAAUUGGCUGAGAGAUGCACGUGACUGGGCAAUUUCCAGAAACAGAUACUGGGGCACCCCUAUCCCACUGUGGGUCAGUGAGGACUUUGAGGAGAUAGUAUGCAUUGGGUCAAUGGCAGAACUUGAAGAACUGUCAAGAGCAAAGAUCUCAGAUCUCCACAGAGAGAGCAUUGACCAUCUGACCAUUCCUUCACGCUGUGGGAAGGGAUUGCUGCACCGCAUCCCUGAAGUGUUUGACUGUUGGUUUGAGAGUGGCAGCAUGCCCUACGCUCAAGUUCAUUAUCCAUUUGAAAACAAGAAGGAGUUUGAAGAUGCAUUUCCUGCAGAUUUCAUUGCCGAAGGCAUUGACCAAACCAGAGGAUGGUUUUAUACCCUUCUGGUGCUGGCCACAGCUCUCUUUGGACAGCCACCCUUCAGGAAUGUGAUUGCGAAUGGACUCAUUCUUGCGAGUGAUGGCCAAAAAAUGAGCAAACGAAAAAAGAAUUAUCCAGAUCCACUUUCAAUCAUCCAUAAAUAUGGUGCUGAUGCCCUCAGAUUGUAUCUGAUUAACUCUCCUGUGGUAAGAGCAGAAAACCUCCGCUUUAAAGAGGAAGGUGUGCGUGAUGUCCUGAAGGAUGUGCUACUCCCUUGGUACAAUGCCUAUCGCUUCUUCAUUCAGAACAUCCUAAGGCUGCAGAAGGAGGAAAAAAUGGAAUUCCUCUACAAUGAAAACAUGGUUAAAGAAAGUGCCAACAUCACAGACCGAUGGGUCCUGUCCUUCAUGCAGUCACUCAUUGCGUUCUUUGAGACCGAAAUGGCAGCUUAUAGGCUCUAUACUGUGGUGCCUCGCCUGGUAAAGUUUGUCGAUAUUCUCACCAAUUGGUAUGUCAGAAUGAACCGCCGAAGAUUAAAGGGUGAAAACGGGACAGAGGAUUGUGUUAUGGCCUUGGAGACCUUGUUUAGUGUUUUAUUUUCUCUGUGCAGACUUAUGGCCCCCUAUACACCUUUUCUUACUGAAUUGAUGUACCAGAAUCUUAAGAUGCUGAUUGACCCCGUUUCUGUCCAGGACAAGGAUACAUGCAGCAUCCACUACCUCAUGCUGCCCCGUGUUCGAGAGGAAUUAAUUGACAAGAACAUCGAGAGUGCAGUUUCUAGAAUGCAGUCUGUCAUUGAACUUGGGCGAGUGAUUCGAGACCGCAAAACUAUUCCAAUAAAGUAUCCUUUGAAAGAAAUUGUCGUUAUUCAUCAUGAUCUGGAAGCUCUUAAUGAUAUCAGGUCUCUGGAGAAGUAUAUCAUUGAGGAAUUGAAUGUUCGAAAAGUUACACUGUCUACAGAUAAAAACAAGUAUGGUGUUCGCCUAAGGGCAGAACCCGAUCACCUGAUCCUAGGGAAACGUCUGAAGGGAGCCUUCAAGGUGGUGAUGACAUCCAUCAAGCAGCUGAGCAGUGAGGAGCUGGAGCAGUUCCAGAAGAGUGGAACCAUUUUUGUGGGAGGCCAUGAAUUACAUGAAGAAGAUAUUCGUCUCAUGUACACCUUUGAUCAGGCAACAAGUGGGACAGCACAGUUCGAAGCACACUCAGAUGCUCAGGCUUUGGUUCUCUUAGACAUCACCCCUGACCAGUCAUUGAUGGAUGAAGGAGUGGCUCGGGAAGUCAUCAAUCGCAUCCAGAAACUUCGCAAAAAGUGCAAUCUGGUUACAACUGAUGAAAUAACAGUGUAUUACACAGCACAGUCUGAAGGAAAUUAUCUGAAUGCCAUUAUUGAAAGCCACAUGGAGUUCAUAUUUGCCACCAUAAAGGCUCCCUUGAAACCAUAUCCAGUGCCUACAUCAGAUCAAAUUCUUAUUCAAGAAAAAAUUCAGUUAAAGGGGUCUGACCUGGAGAUUACACUCACCAGAGGAUCAUCCAAGCCUAGCCCUGCUUGUUCAUAUGUCAAUCUUUACAUUUGUGGAAAUGGCAGUGAGCAAGGUGGAGUAUUGCUUCUGGAAAAUCCAAAAGGUGAUAAUAGGUUAGACCUUUUAAAGCUGAAGAGUGUUGUUAAUAGCAUUUUCGGUGUGAAAAAUACAGAGUUGGCUGUCUUCCAUGGUGAAACAGAAAUACGAAAUCAAACUAACUUACUGAAUCUUAGUGGGAAAACACUGUGUGUGACUGCAGGAUCAGCUCCCUCUCUGAUUGACAGUCCUAAUACUCUUCCCUGUCAGUAUAUCAACCUACAGCUUGUAAACGCAAACCCACAAGAGUGUUUAAUGGGAACAGUGGGUACUCUCCUGCUUGAAAACCCAUUUGGACAGAAUGGACUCACCUAUGAAGGUCUUCUAUAUGAAGCAGCCAAGGUGUUUGGCCUUCGCAACAAGAAGUUAAAGCUAUUUCAGGAUGAGGCUCAAAUGAAUGAAAUUACAGAAAAAAUCCCCAUGAAGACUUUGAACAUGAAGACUGUGUAUGUUUCUGUAUUUCCCACAUCAUCUGACUUCUAACAUUUUGUUAUCAUUGAGGUUCGGUUAACCUUUCCCUGGCAUGUAUCUGUUCCUACACACAUACACACACACAUAUAUACAUGUAAAUAGACAUAUAUUGAAGAUACUUCUUUCAGGUACAUGGGUAUAAUAUGCUGCUUUUGGCCUAAAUUAGAAGUGGGAUUGAUUCAUCGUGUAGCUUGAGAAGGUUACAAUGUUACCACCGCACUAGAGUUUAUUUCUAUACUUGAAUUCUUAGUUAUAGAAGGUAGAAGUGACUACAAUGGAAUAAUAUAUGUCAUUCUGUGGUUUUUUAAAGCUUGUUGAAAGAAUGAAUAACUCUGCACUUUCCUGGGGAAUUUCAUGGAAUAUUUUAUUCCACUAAAACAAAACAAAAAAAAUAGCUUUCUCUCAGAUGAUAAAUAAGUUAAAAGGAAUUUAUUCUUCUAUAUUUUAAUGAAACUUGAAACUUAUUGUCUUCAAAGGCCAGUUCAAAAACUUAAUAGUGACUUCUAUAUUAAAACAGUGGACUGAACAUCUUAUUUUACUUCUGCCCAAAAUCCUGUGUGUCACAGAAGCAGCAACCAAGACAAAAUUGGAUGUUCAAGAUUUAUUGGGGGAAACAUACAUGAAAAAUAAAGGGGAAAGGGCGCAAGCAUAGGUAGAGGGAACCUUUAGACUACAAUUUAGGUUUGGCACCUGUGAAAAGUUAAGAGGGAAAAAGGGAAAUUGAUUAGAAAAAGCCAAGACUACUGUGCAACUCUCAGAAAAUCUUGAUCAGGCCAAUUAAAGUCCCCAGGUAGGGAUCCAAAAAUGAAAUAAAGAGUUUAGAGUUUGGUAGAAAUAACUUGUCUUUGUAUCCCUACAUCAUUUAUUCCGUGGCUUGGAACAGCCCAUGGUGGGCAUGCUUUCAGCAUAGAUCUCUCAGUGGAAUUGAAAGUGUAGUAACUGGAAACUAUCAACCAGCUAUGCUCCUUACAUCAGAUUUUCCUGAAGGAAGAUCUGAAUUUGUGUGACUCUGGCUGCUACAAUAACUAUUCAAAUGCACAAAUGUGGAAUAAACAAGCAGAAAGUAAGUGUUGGCAAGGAUGCAGAGAAGUUGUACCUUUAUGCACUGUCUGUGGAAAUAUAAAAUGGUGGUGGUGGGAAUGUAAAAUGUUGCAUUCACUGUGGAAAACAAUAUGGAGAUUUCCUCAAAAAAUUUUUUAAAAAGUGUCAUAUGAUCCAACAGUCCCACUUGGACAUAUUUUCCAAAGAAUUGAAAGCAGGCUUUUGAAGAGAUAUUUGCAGACCCAAAUUCAUUACAGUAUCAUUCAUGACAUCAAAGAGGUGGAGCAAAUGUGAAAUGUACCUAAUUUUAAUAGUAUCAGUUGUUCGUUGAAAUCACAAAAAGGAUGAAUGCUGUAUGAAGUACCUAGAGUAGUUAGACUCAUUGAAACAAAAUACAGUGAUGGUUGCAAGGAACUGCAGGUAUACAGAAAUGGAGGGGAAUGUCAAAAUGGAAUAGUUAUUUUGCAGGUGGAGGAAGUUCUAGAAGUCAUUUGCACAAAAGAUGAAUAUAGUUAAUGCUACUAAACUGCUUUAAAAAUAUUUAAGUUACUUUUUUGUAAUUUUUGCUGCUUUUUUUUAUCAAAGGAACAAAAGCCAACCAAAAAUAGAAAAAUUUGAAAAACAACAGCAAAAACUUAGUAUUGGAUUAAAAUUCAAAGUAUGGUAUUGUUCUCCACGCAUAUUCUUAUCUGCAGUUUUGCUUUUUUAUGGUUUCAAUUUAUACAGUGAAAGUGGUUAACACAGUUUGAAAAUAUUAACUGGAAAAUUUCAGAAAUAAACAGUUCAUAAAGUUUAAUGAAAUCUUGCCAUCUGCAACACCAUGGAUGGACCUAGAAGAUACUGUGCUAAGUUAAAUAAGUUAGACACUGAAAGACAGUUUCUUAUGAUUUUAUCUUAAUUUGCUCUGUAUAAUGCACACUUUUUGCUCAGAUUCUUGAGGGACAAAUAAGGAUGCGCAUUAUACAUGGGUAGUCCUAGUUCCACAUCUCUAUAAAUGUUUUUAAUUGUUUCAUUUGUGCUUAUGCAUUGAAAGUGUAACUCUAGCCCUGGCUGGUGUAGCUUAGUGGAUUGAGCACAGGCCUGCGAACCAAAGGAUCCCGAUUCCAUUCCUAGUCAGGGCACAUGCCUGGGUUGCAGGCCAGUUCCUGGCAGAGGACACACCAGAGGCAACCAUACAUUGGUAUUUCUCUCCCUCUCUCCUUUCCUUCCCCUCUAAAAAUAAAUAAAUAAAAUCUUUUUUAAAAAAGUAUAACUCUAGAAAGCAAUGACAAUAUCUGUAUGCAAAAUACUACCCUGGAAUGCAAUAAUCUGUUUCAUGUCUAAUAUAAAUGAAUGAAUCAAUCAAAUUAAUUUAAACAAGGUUUUCUUUCCUGAAAGUUUGGGCCCCAAACAUGAGUGUGCAUUAUACACAGGAGUGCAUUAAACACCAUAAAGUACAGUAUAUUUGGAAUCUGAAAAAGAAUAAAACAGAAAGACUCAGAUACAGGGGACAUUUUGGAGGGCAGUUAGAGGAAAUGGCAAAAAGAUAAAGGGAUUAAGACUUACAAACCAGUAGUUACAGAAUAGUCACAGGGAUUUAAAGUAUAUCAUAGGAAAUAUAGUCUGUAAUAUUAUAAUACCUGUGUAUGGUGCCAGGUUGGUGCUAGACUUCCAGGUAAUCACCUCAUAAGUUACAUAAAGGUCUAAUCACUGUGUUGUACACUUGAAAUUAAUAUAAUUGCAGUAUGUCUAUUAUAAUUGAAAACUAAAAAUUACUUUUAAAAAACAAAUUGUUUCAAAUUGCACACCAUCCUGAGUAGGAUAAUGAAAUCUUGAGUCGUUCCCCUCUGUCCCUUCCAGUAUGUGAGUCAUCCCUUUAUUCAGAAUAUCCAUAUAUAGAUGCUACCUGUCCAUUAGAGGCCAGAAACAAGUGGCAUGAUGUUUUGUAGGUGGGUAAGGAAAAAAACCUCAAAUGCAAAUUUCCUAUUUACUUCCAUAAUUAAGGGGUUAUCAACACAUUUUCAGACAAUGGAAACCAAUUUGUCACUAGAAGACCUAACACUAAAGAUUGGCUAGAGGCAGUUAUUCAAAUAGAAAAGUAUUAAAGAACCUUGAAAAUAAAAAAGACCAAGAGGAAGAGCAAAAAUGUGGGUACAUAAUAAUGGGCUAUCCUUUGUGAGUUUUAUAAAUCAUUUAAUGAUUGAAACAAUACACCAUCUUAUACUCAAGUGAACGAUAUUUAAAAGUGUGUAAAUGGAAGUAAAGUUUUACUAAAUUUAUUCAAAGGGGUAGAAUGUUCAUACUUGACUGUGAUAUUAUAUAUGUAUAUUGUAAUACACAGCAACCAGGAUACAAUGAGAUAAAGUCAGGCACUAGAAUUAAAUCAAGACGGGUAUUUAAAAUGUACAAGUACCCCACAGGCAAUAAGAAAACAAAUGAGAACUAGAGGAAACAAAAAAGUUGGUCAGACAUAAGCACUAACCUAUCAUUAAUUAACCUGAAGUGUAAAUGAUCAAUAUAUGCUAAUCAAAAGGAUGGCAGAGUGGAUUAAACACCAUGAUGCAAG